UAAAAAAAUAUAGCCCGCAAAUGGUCUGUGUGCUGAUUUCCAGCUACAAAAAGAAAAACAGAUUAUGCAGGAGGGAGAUGCAGGGACUGUGUUCUGCAAAGAGUGAUUUGAUGGAGGAGAAUGAGGCGAGUGAAGCGCAGAAACAUCAUCAUGGCAAAACUAAAAAAUCUCACUCACAGACUGAAAGAGUUUCUUUACUGAAAAGAAGAGACAAGAAAAGUUUCACCUGCACUCAGUGUGGAAAGAGUUUGUCAAGCAAGAAGAGUCUCAAUGUUCACAUGAGGAUCCACACUGGAGAGAAACCAUUCACAUGUGAUCAGUGCGGGAUGAGUUUCACACAAUCAUCAAACCUUCAGAGACACAUGAGCAUCCACACUGGAGAGAAACCACAUGAAUGUGAUCAAUGUGGCAAAACAUUUUUGUGGGCUUCAAGCCUGAAGGAGCACCUGAAAGUUCAUUCAGAGGAGAAACCACAUUCAUGUUCUUUAUGUGGAGAGAGUUUUUCAUGGCUGAAGAAUUUAAAAGUACAUCAGAAAAUACACACUGGUGUGAGAGAUUAUAUGUGCUUUGAGUGUAAGAAGACUUUUAUUACAGUUGGAGAAUUGAAACGGCACCAGAGGAUCCACACUGGAGAGAAACCUUACAAGUGUUCACACUGCGACAAGAGAUUCAGUCAGACAGCAAAUCUGAAAAGACAUGAGAGGAUUCACACUGGAGGGAAACCUUACAUGUGUUCACACUGCGACAAGAGAUUCAGUCGGUCAGGAGACCUGAAAUCACACGAGAGGAUUCACACUGGAGAUAAACCUUACAUGUGUUCACACUGCGACGAGAGAUUCAGUCAGACAAUAAAUCUGAAAAGACAUGAGAGGAUUCACACUGGAGAGAAACCUUACAAGUGUUCACACUGCGACAAGAGAUUCAGUCAGACAGCAAAUCUGAAAAGACAUGAGAGGAUUCACACUGGAGAGAAACCUUACAUGUGUUCACACUGCGACGAGAGAUUCAGUCAGACAAUAAAUCUGAAAAGACAUGAGAGGAUUCACACUCGAGAGAAACUGUAUCACUGCACUGCAUGCGGGAAGAGUUUCUGUCAUUCAUCAGCUUUAUGUAGUCAUACAAAAUACAAACACAGUAAGUAGAUCAUAGAUCCAGCACUUUUAAGUCUGAGGUCUCAACCUUGCUAAACGUGACACCCUAAUGCAGUGGUUCCCAAACCUGUCCUGGAUGCCCUGCACCUUUUGUAUGUCUCCCUUUUCUAACACACCUGAUUCCACUCAUCAGCUCGUUAGUAGAGACUGCAAGAACUAAAUCGGGUGUGUCUGAUUAGGGAGACAUACAAAAUGUGCAGGGGGUCCUCCAGGACAGGUUUGGGAACCACUGCUCUAAUGCAUUGAGUAAUAAAAUCUGUCCUAACCAGCCAGAGUGAACGACAGGACAAAGAAACAUCACCAAUAGUUUUCAAAGUGAAUAAAGUUCAUCUUCAAGGUCAGCAGUUUCAUUUGUGAGAUUCAGAUCAGUUCAAAGAUGGAAUUUCUCCCCAAGUAACAAUAUCUAACGUUUUAUUCUUGUAUACAACUUUGCUUUAUGAUAUAAAUUAUAUUAUUAUGCUUUAUUACCAGAUUCAUUUUAUGUUCAUAAUGUUCUUCUAAUGCUUAUUUGUAGAAGGUUUUUUUGUGCACAAAGGAAUCAAUAAGAGGAAUCAAAAUUUUAAUUUGAUAAAAAGUAGACUAUUCCUGACCUUAACCCUUGUGCAACCUUAUGGACAUUUGUCUAUUUUAGUGGGGGUUUUUUGUUUGUUUUUUUUUUUUGAUAAUUUUGCCUGUGUUAAUGCUAACUGCAUACAUUUUGGCUCAGGUGUGUAGUUUUUAUUGGAACUGUAAUAUUCCACCCUCAUUUCCUUUUUAAUAAAUCUUUUUUACACUAGGUACAAAAAAAUACUUCCUCUCAGCGCCUUUUGGACAAAAAUGUCCACAUUAAAGCCUAUGCUAUUUUUCAUUGCAGUGCCGUUUAACUGUAAACAUAUGCAAUUUUUGUUAAUAAGCUUUCAUUCUGUUGACAAGGCUUCAAAAUUUAAUUUUUUACUAUUUUUUUUUUUUUUAACCAGAUGGUGCCAUUUUUUUCAGGUUUGCCCUAUAAAGGCAAAUACUCGCUUUAUUCCUGUUUUCUGCUUCUGCAUAUUAUAGAGCCACUUGGAUAAAUAAUGCAGCUAUAAUUGUGUGGGUGUGUUGGUAUGAAUGUUGGAGUGUGGUUUGUAUGUUUGUCAUAAAAAUCGUAUGUGUGUGCUUGUAAUAUUUGAGCGAGGAAAAAGUCUACUGUAAAUCACAAAUCCAACCACUGUGUGUUUUUCUGACAUCUAAUGGGGAAGAUUUGGUACUACGCCCAAACAAAAUUUUACUGAAAGCUCAUUUUUUGAGAUAUCAACCUCAAAUUUCAAACUUAAACAUUUAUAACUUUUUUUUGGGUUUUACUUUUUAAACUUUUUUUACUUCAACAAUAAUCUGCCAUAGGUCUUCUUUAAAAUGAGACCAAACUUUAGUCUGUGCUUUUUUUUUUUUUUUUUGUCCUACUGAAAAUGUGCCUGGAGUCCACCUUUGUUAUUAUAACAAACUACACUUUCAAUGUGAUUUUAAACCAUUCAAGUCAAGAAGACUCGCAAUCUGUUUUUUUCUGCUACACACACAUUCUUGUAUAAGUGCUUUUUAGCCUGUUGAUUUUUAUUCAUAGUAUUCAGCUAACAAGGAAAUAUUUUGCAAAAAGAUGAUAUCUAAGAUUAUUUAUUUAUUUACCUUAUUGGAAUUGAAAUUAGAAAUUGACAAGAAUCGGAUUCAUUAAAAUUCAAACGAUGCCCAACCUUACCCAUACCCAACAUUAUUUUUUACUGGAACCUUUCUAUUCACAGUUUUAAACCCUUUCUUUUCUUUUAAACCUUCACUUACCCAUCUUUGCUUUUGCCCUUCUUAAAAACAACCACAUAAUCUUAUACGUGAAUAUACUUUUCAAAAUUAGUUAUAAAACAGUUGCUCCUGGCAACAGGGAUAGGUAGUAUGUUUGCUUAACAUAGCGUCAAACAUGACAAUUGAUCAGAUUAAUAUCAUGUGUUGCUUCAAAAUCACUAUAUAACAUCGGUUGUGUUUGAAACAGUUAGCUUCUGUGGAUUCAUGUUGCAUCCUAUCACGGUGAGACAAUAUAAAAUAUGAGAAAAUGUAUUUUAUAAAAUACUGUGAUACAAGCUAUGUCAAUUAGCAUUGCAUUGCAGUUGUGUUUAUUGUCUUCCACGUUUCAUCAGUCAAAGUGUCUCUAUCUGCAUGUUAUUCAGUUGUAGUUAUAUCUGAUGCUUUUGUCCAUAUAAGGGAUUUCCUGGAUCUCACUUGUGAAGCAGACAUUACAGUACAUGGUUGUUAGAGUUGGGGUUAACGCAGCUCAAUUAUGCUCACAUCGUCUCAUUUUGGUUAAAAAUAGAAAAAUAAUACUAAAGUAGGCUACUUUGUAACGCAGUAACUUGAGUAGUUUUUCAGCAAACUACUUUUUUACUCUUUCUUGAGUCAUAUUAUUUUUUCAGUACUUUUACUUGUACUCAAGUAAAUUAUUCCUUAAGUAGCAAUACUUUUAAGUACAGUUUCUUAGUACUCUUUCCACCACUGCUAAUAGUAUUGUAUCGUUUGAGAAAUAAUAGUCAUAUUAGAUCAAUAUUAUAGGCCUGUCCGCAAACAUUGUGACUCAAACAAUCUGUUUCUAUCAGCAAACACUCAGAAUAAAGUGAGAUGAUCUGCUGCUGAUCCUGAAUGGCUUGUUUAAUGAGUCUUUAUCUGAGGUUCAUCAAUAUUAUCAGCUGCUGAAAAUCCUCUUUAUUUCAUGUCAAUAGAUCCUGUUUUCAUCUCGUUCAUUAUGCUGAUGACUUCAGAUCUGUUAAUUGCCACAUUAAGCUAAUUUUAGUGUUCCCGCUUUCAUGUACCAGUCAGUUAAACAGUUAAUUUAAAAAAUAAAAUAAAAUAAAAGCAUAUACAUCAACCCU